AGCAGGUGCUUGCCUCAUAGAUGGAGGCCUGGUGGUGCAGUAGUUUAGAGCUGCGGCUGCAAACCGGAAGGUUGGCAGUUCGAGUCCACCAACUGCCCCUUGGAAACCCUAAAAGGCCACUGGACUCUGUCCUGUAGGGUCACUAUAGUUGGAAUCAACUCUAUGGCAACUGGUUUGGUAUGGUUUUUAACUUUUGGUUUUGCCUCAUAAAUAUGUGCUAAACAUUUGUGUUGUGUUCUUGAGUUUAGCUCUAAAGGCUUGCUAAGAUUUGGAUGAGAAAACGGGAGAGCAUGCUAAGCAAAGGAAAACAGCACAAAUAAAGUCCAGCACAGAUGAGUGUGGAGGUGUGCUGGGGAGUGAGGGUACUGACAUACAGAUGGACCGUUUAUUUUUGUGUUGCCUGUAGGAGUGCUUGGAAGAACAAUGCAUGUAAGUCUUUGACAUGAUGUCCAUCCGGCAAAGAAAAGGAAUAAAAGCCACAGAACUUUCUGAGGAUCGUCCAGCACAAGACGAAAAUGUGAAGGUGGAAAAUAAAUUGCCAUCUGGUUGUACCAGUGGAGGAGUGUGGAGGAUUCUCUCGUUCGCAGUUGGUGGGACCGUUGCCCUUUGCAGUGGACUGCUUACCUCUGUCUACCUUGCUACUUUACAUGAAAACGAUUUAUGGUUUUCUAAUAUUAAGGAAGUGGAACGAGAAAUCUCAUUCAGAACGGAAUGUGGGCUGUAUUACUCCUAUUACAAGCAAAUGCUGCAGGCUCCAACCCUCAAGCAAGGUUUACAUGGCUUAAUAUAUGAUAAUAAAACUGAAUCUAUGAGGACAAUUAACCUCCUUGAACGAAUGAAUAUUUACCAAGAAGUUUUUCUCAGUAUUUUAUAUAAAGUUCUACCCAUACAGAAAUACUUAGAGCCAGUGUAUUUUUAUAUUUACACCUUAUUUGGGCUCCAGGCGAUCUAUGUCGCAGCUCUGUAUGUAACCAGCUGGCUCCUUAGUGGCACAUGGCUGUCAGGACUAUUGGCGGCUUUCUGGUACGUUACAAACAGAAUAGAUACCACAAGAGUUGAGUUUACCAUUCCACUGAGGGAGAAUUGGGCACUGCCGUUCUUUGCGAUUCAGAUAGCAGCAAUUACAUAUUUCCUGCGACCAAAUUUACAGCCUCUUUCUGAAAGGCUGACACUUCUUGCCAUUUUCGUAUCAACGUUUCUCUUUAGCCUGACGUGGCAGUUUAAUCAGUUUAUGAUGCUGAUGCAGGCGUUAGUCCUGUUCGUGCUGGACUCCUUAGACAUGCUCCCAGCAGUGAAGGUGACAUGGCUGUACGGUAUACAGAUCACAAGUUUAUUCCUGGUCUGCAUUCUGCAGUUUUUUAAUUCCAUGAUUCUUGGAUCAUUGCUUAUAAGCUUUAAUCUUUCAGUAUUAAUUUCAAGAAAACUUCAGAAAAAUCUGAAAACUGGAAGCUUCUUUCAUAGGCUUGGGAAACUUCUAUUACAUUUAUUCAUGGUUUUAUGUUUGACACUUUUUCUCAACAACAUUAUUAAGAAAAUUCUAAACCUGAAGUCAGAUGAACACAUAUUUAAAUUUCUGAAGGCAAAAUUUGGGUUUGGAGCAACAAGAGAUUUUGAUGCCAAUCUGUAUCUGUGUGAAGAAGCUUUUGGUCUCCUGCCUUUUAAUACAUUUGAAAGGCUUUCCAGUACUCUGCUUUUUUAUGCUUAUGUGUUUGUUCUGUCCGUCACAGUGAUUGCAGCUAUAGCAGUUGCCUUUCAUAAUCUCAGUGAUUCAACAAAUCAACAAUCCACGGGUAAAAUGGGAAAGUGGACAGUUGAACUGAAACCAGAAACUGCCUACAACUUAAUACAUACUAUUCUGUUUGGAUUCUUGGCAUUGAGUACAAUGAGAAUGAAAUACCUGUGGACAUCACACAUGUGUGUGUUCGCAUCAUUUGGCUUGUGCAGCCCUGAAAUAUGGGAGUUACUUCUGAAGUUGGUCCAUCUUUACAGCCCAAAGAGGAUAUGUGUAAUUCGAUAUUCAGUACCGAUAUUAAUACUGCUGUAUCUUUGCUAUAAGUUCUGGCCAGGAAUGAUGGAUGAACUCUCCGAGUUGAGAGAAUUCUAUGAUCCAGAUACAGUGGAGCUGAUGAACUGGAUUAACUCUAACACUCCAAGAAAGGCCGUGUUUGCUGGAAGCAUGCAGUUGCUGGCCGGGGUCAAGCUGUGCACAGGAAGAGUCUUAACCAACCACCCGCACUAUGAAGACAAAAGCCUGAGAGAGAGAACCAGAGCAGUUUAUCAGAUAUACGCAAAGAGGUCUCCGGAGGAGGUGCAUGCCCUGCUAAGGUCCUUUGGCACUGACUAUGUCAUCCUGGAGGACAGCAUCUGCUACGAGCGCAGGCACCGCCGGGGCUGCCGGCUGCGGGACCUGCUGGACGUUGCCAACGGACACAUGAUGGAUGGUCCAGGAGCGAACGAGCCGGAUUUGAAGCCUGCAGGCCACCCUCGCUUCUGUGAAGAGAUAAAAAGAAACCUGCCUCCUUACACGGCACACUUCACCAGAGUGUUUCAGAACAAAACAUUCCAUGUUUACAAGCUAACCAGAAACAAGUAACAAAGUUUUCUGUUCAGUCUCUAUUUUUGAUACAGUAAAAUUCCAUCAUAAUGAAGCUACAUUGCUAGUUUCCUAUAUAAUUAGGUAGCCUGCACCUUAAAGCUGUGAUAUGAGUAAGUUCUACAGAUGUUUACACAAGCGUUACCACCUUUGAAAGUAUCUUACACAAGUUCAAGUGUCUUUCAUCUUGUCUUUAUCUUUUCCAUUAAUGUUGUGUGGUGUAAAUGUGCACAGUUUUCUCAGAGUGGCCAAGAGUUUUGUUGGGGAGAUCAGUCUGUGUUCCACUGGGAGCCUGAACAGCCACAUACCUUGUUGGGAAUCAAAAACCUGUUCAGGAUUUGAAAUAUGUUUAAUCUUCAGUUGUCUUAAGACAGCGAUGGCUGAAUUGAAUUGAGGGGGGAUGUAUGAUGAAAUUAUUUAAUAUUAUUUCACGUGUGAAGACCAAUCAGUGGCUUUUUAAAAAGCUCUUUAUUGUCCUGUUUUACCUUAAAAUUUUAUGACCUGUUUUCCGUUUUCAUGCUCUUAACAUUGAAAAAAAAAUCAUGUUAGGUCUUUGUACGUACCUGAAACUUUUUGGUUGAGCUCUGUCUGAAAUGGAGUGUGUAGACUUCAGUAGUCUGUGUCAUGUAGUAUGUGUCAUGUUGUAUGUGUGUUUUUUAAUGCUGGACACAGAAAAGUAUUACAAUUUCCAUAUUGUAAGUCCUUAAAGGGGCAGAAAUGUAUGUAGUCAAGUAGAAUUUGUUACUGCUUAGUGUUUUCAUUUUAAAACCUACUGAUACUAUUUAACCCUCUCCUUCAAGUAAGAUAGUUCUGCUUUAUUUCUUACUCAUUUAAAUUACUGGGUUUGCAAAAUUUUGUAAACUUUUUGUGUUUUUAGCCUUUGUAUUUUUUACAGCCUAGAACCUUGCAAAGUCUGAAUAUUUUUUAAAUGUUGUAUCUUAACUAAUUCUCUGAUAAUGGUAUUUUUAGCAGACAGCGUUUUCAUACCAGGUUUGAUUUGUGUCUCCAAUCUUACUGUGAGGUCCUGCUAGUGUUAUUCUUUUCCUUACUAAAAGGUAACCAAGUGCCUCUAAGUCACGACUACUUAUAAACAAUGAAGAAGAUUAUGUGUACCGGCUCAAAAAAUUUUUGAUAAUUGCUUUUAUAAUUAAUUUCUAAUGAUGGGGACAUUGUAAAAGUUGCUGAUAAAAGCAUAUUGUGCAUUUAAUUAAAUCAAGAUGGCGAAUGAAAUUCACUUUCUCCCCUGUUCUUCCCAGCUGGAAAUGAUUUAAAUGCUUCUCCUUACAGUUGUAUUGAAGUAAAUUAACAUAU